AAAAAAAUGGGUUUGGAUUAUUACAACAUAUUGAAAGUGAACAAGAGCGCAACGGAGGAUGAUCUGAAGAAAUCUUACAGGAAAUUGGCUAUGAAAUGGCAUCCUGACAAAAACCCUAACUCCAAAAAGGAAGCUGAAGCCAAAUUCAAGCAGAUCUCUGAGGCUUAUGAGGCAAGUUUACUCACCCCUUUCCCAGAGGAUAUGUCGUUUUUCUUGCUAAUCUUCAUUCCCUUGAUCCACUGGAUCCCGCAAAAUCCAAAACUGUGUGUUCUGAGUGAUCCACAGAAGCGAGCGGUAUAUGAUCAAUACGGGGAAGAAGGACUGAGCGACAUGCCGCCUCCAGGGAGCACGGGGAACAAUGGAAGAGCCGCCGGUUUUAACCCGAGAAACGCAGAAGACAUCUUCGCAGAGUUCUUUGGAAGUAGUCCUUUUAGUUUUGGAUCAGCUGGAAGGUCGACGAGGUUUCAAUCCGACGGAGGAGGACUGUUCGGCGGCGAAAACAACAUUUUCAGAACUUACAGCGACAGCACCGUUCCCAAGAAACCUCCACCUGUUGAGAGCAAACUGCCUUGUAGCCUUGAAGAGCUGUACUCUGGCUCUACUAGGAAAAUGAAGAUCUCUAGAUCCAUUGUUGACGCUAACGGGAGACAGGCGCAAGAGACAGAGAUCCUGACCAUUGUUGUGAAACCGGGAUGGAAGAAAGGGACCAAGGUCAAGUUUCCGGACAAAGGGAAUGAGCAAGUGAAUCAGUUACCAGCUGAUUUGGUGUUUGUUAUCGACGAGAAGCCGCACGAUCUGUUCAAGAGAGAUGGGAAUGAUCUCAUCACAAGCCGAAGAGUGACGCUCGCAGAAGCUAUAGGAGGAACAACCGUGACUAUCAACACGCUCGAUGGUCGGGAUAUACCCGUUGGUGUCACGGAAAUCGUCAGUCCAGGGUACGAGCUUGUGGUUCCAGGAGAAGGGAUGCCCAUAGCGAAAGAGCCAAGAAACAGAGGCGAUCUAAAGAUCAAAUUCGAUGUUCAGUUUCCCACAAGAUUGACAACGGACCAGAAAUCCGCACUCAAGCGGGUCUUAGUUGGUUGA